AUGUUUUCAAAGCGCUUGACCUGCUUUUACUGUGGGGCUCGUCCCGCCAAAGCCGUUCUUGACUCGAACAACAAGUUCCAUUGCGACCAUUGCGAUGCCGACAACUUCCUUGACCAGAAUGGCGAAAUCACCGAUCCCCCUAACGAGAUCACCAACACCCAUGUCCAGGAUGUCGGCGCAUCGAACGAGCGCGUUGCGUCAAUGGGCGUCCCCGAGUCCGAUUUAUUUUGCUCCCAAUGUCUUCGCAACCAGCAUUUGUUGACCAGCUCGCUUGCCGCCUAUGUCCCAGAGGAUGAUGAUCAAACCGAUCCCCAAUUUGAUUCGACCUACCAAAGCUACCGCCAAGAACUCGAGACACUGUAUCCUCAAGUCUGUGAAACCUGUGAGCCUCGCGUGAAGCAACGAAUCCGAGAGGCCGGAUAUGAGGCGAAAGCAGAUAACCUCCGACGUAUGAUGGAUCAAACUCGUGCUUCCAAGGCCGUGCAGCGAGCCCGACAACACAGCUGGCAGAGCUUUGUUGUUUAUCUUGGCGCCCUUGGAUUCUGGAUCAGCAUUCUUGGUCAACUUGCUUGGGACACUAUUGGUGUCUUGACUCUCUACCCCGUGCAGGGCGAUGCUGAUAUGUCCAUUGAUACUCCCAUGUCUUUGUUGUCCCAUGCAAAGCAAAUGAUCGAGUUAAGAGGCAUUCCCCAUGAUUGUUCUUUUGACUUGGCUCCUAUGGCAGGCAUAGCCCUUGUUGUGGGCUGUCUUUCGAUUUGGUGGAACCCGAAGCUACGCAUGAAGGUCUAUGGAAGACCUGGCAGGUUCUCCGGCCUUGGAGAGUACUACCAGCUGCAGCUGUUCUCAUUAGUACUGCGAUGCGUGUUCUGGUCUCUGUUCAAAGACCCACCUGCAAGCGGAAUUGACCCCAAGGGGUCUUUCGUCGGCCAUGUUGUUAUGGCCGGCAUUACCAUUUUAUGUAUCUUGGCUUCCCGUCAUGUUGUGAAGUACAAUCGUCGAACUCUGGUGGACUGGUCGGACCAUUCCUGGGAAAAGGCACCAAUGCGUAGCCCUGCUUCAUCACCCCCUUCUGGGCGUCAAUCAUCGAAUCCUGAAUUAACACCAAGACCAAAUAAUGGUGUGACUCGUGAGCCUUUUCCGAUUCACAGAUUGGCUUCUCCCCAGUCUGCCGUGUCCAGGACCUCGGCCUUUCCAACUCCUCCUCCUGAAUCUGAUGAUAUGGAUUGGACUCCUUCCCGCACAUGUGAAAUUCGGCCUACAGUCAGUGUUUACCAACGGGACAAACCAUCGGUUUUUGAAGGCCCAAAUCCAUUUUAUGGCAGCAUUCCUGCCGUUUCAAGGCCUCCCGCAUGGCAACUUCGCACACAACCUUCGAUAAAGCCCGUCGAACAGGUCGUGGAGCGAAAUCCAUUCCAUCGCAGCCCAACCAACUCGCCUACCUCAUGGCAACACAAAUCGGCCGGCCCCGGGCCGGUGUUCAAACCCCCAACAUUCUUCCCAACUAGCGAUCACAAUUCUUUUACCGGCUUGGAGACUCUCUUCGAUAGGACUUUCAGCAUUGACCCCAAUAAUACGCCUCGACGAAAUGGGGAACAACAGUCACGCCCUCGCACCUCCCGCACCUCCCGUCCCCCCCGCAUUCAAGGCCGUGUUCUCUUCCCACUAUUCAGAUUCCUCCUCUUGCUAUUCUCCAUCGGCGCUUGGACCUUUUCCCAGAAACGUAUGCUCCCCAUACAUGGGAACUACAUUGAAACAUUUGCCUUGGGUAGUGCAAGUCUCAUAGCAGGGCUUGCCUUCCUCGAAGUUGUUAAGAAACCCAUCCCCGAGUGGGGUGGUUUAGAACUGCUCGUCAACAUCACCGAACUCAUUGUGGCUGUCCACCUUGGGGCACAUUUGCCAAAAAGGUUCAACGACCGAGAGUACUUUGAUCGAUAUGGCAAACUACUUCUGAUUUUCAUGGCCGUGCAAGAGGUCAUGGCAUUGCUAGCAGUCUAUCGCACUCCAGCAACUCCUGCGAAACCAACAGGAGAUGCGCAAACGGGGCCUACUUCUCCGCUUGGAUCACCACAGUACGGAAGACCUCAACUCGAGGCUACCGUCUACUCUCCAACCAGUUCUGCAACCACACUCUCCCCAACUUAUAACUCCCUCAAUUAUGCCCCUUCUUCCUCAUUUGGAGCUUCUACCGGGUCGUCGAACUUCCCGUCAGGACUUCCUUCUUCAUCACUCUCGUCCCAGAGCCUCCAUUCCCACCAUCCACACCACCGCAACCCCCACAGCUUCACCAUGCAAUCUCUCAAGGAGAGCGAGCCUUCAGAUUACGAGCAGGACUCGGACAGUGAAACAGUUGCCACCAAUACGACAGGCUGGACGAAUACUACUAACCGGAACAUCCGGUUAGGGCAACGGCCUUCCACAGCCCAAAGCAAUGACCCCUUUUUUUCUCCACGGCGAAAUCAACUCACUCCUGGUCUCGGUGGCUUGAGCCUCGAAGACCGACCAAAUUCUCGGCGAAUGACUCGGAGCCAGACCCAGCAGGGUCUCAACGGACGGGGAUUUUCUUCUCGUGCUACCCGAUGGUAG